AUGAGUGGGGGACGUGAAGAUGUUUUAAAACCGAAGUUGAAAGACGUAAAUCAUUCUGCAAACCAAACGUUAUGUAGAAAUAUUUUGAUUCAUGGGUAUUGUAAAUUUGCUGAUAAAGGAUGUAUUUUUAAUCAUGAAAAUUAUCGAGCUUUUGAAAAGAAUAAUGCUCCUUUUUCUUCUGAAAUAUUUAAAAAAAAUAUAACUGAUGUGGCAUUAAUUACUUCUAAUGAUGCAUUUCCAAAGUUAUAUUCUCGAUCAAUAGCUCAGGUUCCUGAUUUUGUUCCACGUUCUAAAUUAUCUUUAUCUAAUCAACCAUCUAAUUUUCAAUCAUCUGUCUCAAUUAAGGAACAGGAUGUUUUACCUGAAUUGGUUUCUUAUGAUUUAGUAGAUACAAAUUUUAAACAGUCUUUUGGUAUUGAUCAAGAAUUUUCCAAGCUUGACAUUAAUUUUGCGCUUGAUAAUCAUUCUUCUUUUCCUUUUUAUGACGCAAAUUCUGCAUCUUCAAGCAAUUUUUAUGAUCACGAGAUUUAUUAUACACAGACACCUGUUUAUCAACCGCUACAAUAUCAUUUAUAUGCAUCUCAUGCACCAUAUAGAGAAAAUUUGGAACCAUAUCAAAGAACAAUUUAUGAUUUUUUUAUAUCUAAUACACUUCGUGAAGAUCUUCAAAGAAAAUCGGAAGCUAUCCAUCAGAUUUUACUGGAUUCCAAUUUGCCUAGUCAAAUACUUGGAUAUCAUUCACUUGUUCCUCUCGAUACACUUCAUAACAGAAAUACAAGGAUUUUUGGUUACCCUUCUUGGGUAUAUAAAGUUUUUUCUAGUAAUGACGGAUAUUCGUACGUUUUUCGGCGAUUAGAAGGAUUUCGUUUAUCAAAUGAAUCUUCUAUUAAUUUGGUAAAAAUGUGGAAAAGAAUUAGGAAUGCAAAUAUAGUAUCUAUUCACGAAGCAUUUACUACAAACGCAUUUGGUGAUAGUUCCAUUGUUUUUGUGUAUGAUUAUCAUCCACUUUCUAUUACAUUAUAUGAAAAGUAUUUUGGUCAGUAUUUGCAAAAAAGUUCUAAAUCUCAUGAUCGAGAUAUAAUUUCUGAACAUGUUUUAUGGGGUUAUUUUAUUCAAAUUAUUUCUGCUAUAAAAUAUAUUCACGCUGAAGGUCUUGCUGUUCGGAUUUUGGAUCUUACUAAAAUCUUAUUAACGGAAAAGAAUCGGUUAAGAUUAAAUUGUUGUGGAAUAAUGGAUGUUAUUCUUCCUGGUUUUCGAAAGAAUGAUGAACAAUUGCAAAAUCAUGAUUUUACGUUGUUAGGGCAGUUAAUACUUAUUUUGGCAUGUAAUUCUUUAACCGCUAUUGAAAAUAUUAAAGAGUCAUUUGAUUAUGUUAUUAAACAUUAUUCUAAAAAUUUUCAAGAUGUUGUUUUUUAUCUUUUUAAAAAUGAGUUGAAAUCGAUCGAUAAAUUAGUCGUCCUUGUCUCUAGUCAUAUAAUUGAUUCAUUUAAUAGUUCACUAUGUUAUAAUGAUACCCUUGAAUCGGAAUUGUGUCGUGAAUUAGAAAAUGGAAGAUUAGUUCGUUUGUUAUGUAAAUUUGGGUUCAUUAACGAAAGACCUGAGUUUGAUCAUGAUGAAUUAUGGUCAGAAACUGGUGACAGGUAUCUUAUUAAAUUAUUAAGAGACUACGUUUUUCACCAAGUUGAUGAAAAUGGUAAUCCUGUAGUUGAUAUGGCACAUGUUAUUACUUGCUUAAAUAAACUCGAUGCGGGUGUUGAUGAGAAGAUUAUGCUUGUAUCAAGAGACGAACAAAAUUGUUUAAUAGUAAGUUAUAAAGAGUUAAAAAAUUGCAUUCAAUCAGCAUUUCUUGAUUUAACAAAAAAUAGUCAGAAAAUGUUUUUUUAG